GCUAUGAGUUAGAAUCAACUGGACGACAAUGGGUUUUUGGGUUUUAAUAUUUCUAGAACUAUUCCAUAUAGAUACAAUGUAUACUAUAAUUACAGCGAAGCCAGUCAAAACUGAUGUAAGUUAAAAGUUAAACUGUGAUCUCUGUUGGUGUAAUGCCCCCUUUCGUUUUCUCCUAAGACAUACCUUUUCACCUUAUCCUAUGGCCUUUUUCCCCUAGUGUGUGGUGACAUUCAUGGACAAUUCUUUGACCUGAUGAAGUUGUUUGAAGUUGGAGGAUCACCUAGUAACACACGCUACCUCUUUCUGGGUGACUAUGUGGACAGAGGCUAUUUCAGUAUAGAGUGUGUGCUGUAUUUAUGGAGUUUAAAGAUUAAUUAUCCCAAAACAUUGUUUCUACUUAGAGGAAAUCAUGAAUGCAGACAUCUUACAGAAUACUUCACCUUCAAACAGGAAUGUCGAAUCAAAUAUUCUGAAGACGUGUAUGAUGCAUGUAUGGAGACGUUUGACUGUCUUCCCCUUGCUGCCCUCUUAAAUCAGCAGUUUCUGUGUGUACAUGGAGGGAUGUCACCUGAAAUUACUUGUUUAGAUGACAUUAAGAAAUUAGACAGAUUUAAAGAACCUCCAGCCUUUGGACCAGUGUGUGACCUGCUUUGGUCUGAUCCCUCAGAGGAUUAUGGCAGUGAAAAGACCUUGGAGCACUAUACCCACAACACUGUCCGAGGGUGCUCUUAUUUCUACAGUUACCCUGCAGUUUGUGAAUUUUUGCAGAACAAUAAUUUGUUAUCAAUAAUCAGAGCCCAUGAAGCCCAAGAUGCUGGGUAUCGAAUGUACAGGAAGAGCCAAACAACAGGCUUUCCAUCACUCAUUACAAUUUUCUCUGCCCCAAAUUACCUAGAUGUCUAUAACAAUAAAGCUGCUGUGCUGAAGUAUGAAAACAAUGUCAUGAAUAUCAGGCAGUUUAACUGUUCUCCACACCCUUACUGGCUUCCAAACUUUAUGGACGUCUUCACAUGGUCUUUGCCUUUUGUUGGGGAGAAAGUCACAGAGAUGCUGGUUAACGUUCUCAACAUAUGCUCUGAUGAUGAACUAAUUUCUGAUGAAGAAUCAUUAGAAGGAGGCACUACAGUUCGUAAGGAGAUCAUCAAGAAUAAAAUCAGAGCCAUUGGCAAGAUGGCACGAGUCUUUUCAAUUCUUCGGGAAGAGAGUGAGAGUGUGCUGACUCUCAAGGGCCUGACUCCUACAGGUACACUCCCUCUGGGUGUCCUCUCAGGAGGAAAGCAGACUAUUCAGACAGCCACAGUAGAAGCGGUAGAGGCCCGGGAAGCCAUCAGAGGGUUUUCGCUUCAGCACAAGAUCCGGAGUUUUGAAGAAGCCCGAGGUCUGGACCGAAUUAAUGAGCGAAUGCCACCCCGAAAAGAUAGUGUACACACUGAUGGGCCAGUGAAAUUGGUAACCCCUGUACAUCCAAACGCUGCACACAGGAGUGCCCCCGGGAAGAAAACUCAGUAGUGGUUAGAGGCCUGCUGUGACACGGGUGGAUUCAAAACUUAAGAACAAAUUUUAUUUAUUUAUUAUUGGAAAACAAAACAAAACAAACUUAAGCAACUUAAACCUGGAGGUGCGUUCAUAAUGCAGUCUGCGUUUAUUCUGUAAGAAAGGUGACCAUUUUAUAAAUUCUUUUAAUUUAUCUUCAGUACAUAUAAAAAGUACAUCUGUAUUGUUUUUCUCUUUUAGCCUGAUUUUUAGAAAAUGAUCUGACUGUUGUUGAUACAUAUAUGAAGUCUUGUGCUAUAAAGAUGACCUUCCCCUAAUAAAAGGGCCUUAGAAACCUCAACCUGGGGUUUCUGGCUUGAACUGAU